CUCUGUUGUGCAUCUCCCUACUCAUCUCUGAUACUUAGAUGGCGGUACCAGGCGGUACUGAAAAAUCGAAGAAUGCCAACAUGGCGUGCUGAAAAAAUUUUUAUCUCCAUUAAUUAUGGUUAAAAGGAAAUAUCGCGAAUUCUAAAAUAUUUGCUGCCUGAAUUAAACCUUUCAGAAGGAAACAACAUAAUAAUUUAAUUGGGUUUAAAAAGGGGGUAAAGUCUUACUAACGGACAUCAUAGCAUAGUGCAUAUGCACAUAUAAUUUGACGUCUGGGGGUGCAUAACAUAAGGACUUUUCAUAUUAUCAUUUAUGUUUAUUAUUGGGGGCGGUUAACGUACGUUACGUUUGAUUUAUUGAGGUGUUUUAAUGUUCUAAUAUAAUGGAUCCUCGAAUACAUAGGAGAUCUGAGCCAGAAAAAGGCCCGGGCGAUUUGGUUGUAGAAUGGUUAAACGAGGCCUCGUUGGGUUCUAACGAUACAGUAAAGGUAUCAAACCUUUUGAAAGUCCAGGAAAUUCUUAUACACAAAGAACCACAGUUGUUGAAUUUAUAUCUAGAUGAGGCUUUACAAUUUUCCUUGGAUAGAAAUUCUGAGGUUAGAAAGACUGUUGCUGGAUUUAUUGAAGAAGCUGGAGCAAAGCAGCCUGAAGUAAUUCCUAGAAUGGUCCAAACUCUUUCAAGACUCGUAUCAGACGAUGCUCCACUUGUAGCGAAAAGAGCUUUAAGAGCCAGUGGUAGGAUUCUCAGGUCUACGCUUAAAUGGGUAGCAAGUGCCACUUUAGUUACACCGGAAAUGGAAACUGCUUGGACACAGUUAAGCUCCUUGAAGGUCCAAAUAAUCAAUAUGAUAGACAGCGACAAUGAUGGUAUUAGGACGCAGGCUGUAAAAUUCCUUGAAGGUGUUGUGUUGAUCCAAACCUAUCCUGAUCCGGAUGCACCAAGAAAACUAGAAGAUUUCUCUCUUGAGGACGUACCUCUGACAUUGAAAAUCGCUCGCAGGAGAAAACUCGAGGAAGAGGCUAAUCACGUUAUGGACUUAUUAAUAAAGUUUCACGGUUCGCCACAUGUCAGUAGCGUUAAUCUCAUGACCUGUAUGGGAUCUCUCGCACUGAUCGCCAAAACUAGGCCACAGUUUAUGCCGGUCGUUAUUCAAGCUCUGCAAAGAUUGCAGCAUGAUUUCCCGCCUACUCUGUCGGAUUCUCAAGUAACGAGCGUUCAAAAACAAUUAAAACUCACAUUGUUGGGGCUGCUUAAGCAUCCAGCUAGUAUAGAAUUUGCAUCAUCAAUGGCAAGACAAUUAUCGCAGCUCGGCGCUAAGGAACAGGAAAUAAUCAAAGCGUAUCCAAAGCCAGAGGAUAUAAGGCGUAUGAAGAAAAGACAACAGGAAUCAGUUGCUGCAGCUUCAGCGGCUAAGCGUGCUAAACUAGAAGUACCAAUAGCAGUAGCGUCAGAAGAACCGGAAGGGGUAGCUGCGCCAGUGCAACCAGCGAAGCAACCGGAAGUAACAGAACUUUCAGAAAGUUUUAUCGCAGAGCGACUUAGCGUAGAGAUUGCGACUGACUUAGUUAUGGGAAGCAUGGCUCGAGUACCGGAUAUCAUGACCACCGUUUUUCAACGCGAAUAUCAGCCAAGCUCCAGUGCUGAUACAAGCGUGCAGCGACAGACUAUAGCAAAGUUACUAGCAGCUCAGAUUAAGCAGAGUAAGACAAAAAAGAUGAAAAAGGAAACUAAGGAAGAGGAUGCCGUUAUGGAGGACCUGGUGAAGAACCCAUCGAUAACUGUAGCGGAAGCUAAGAGGGAACGGAAGCGCGAGAAGGACAGGGAGAAAGAGAAGGAAGCCAAAGCUUCUAUAGAGGCUCAUGAGAAGUCACUAGUGAAGGCCAGAAACCGUUUGAAGGCAUUAAAAUUAUCGGAAGUGACAAAACCAUUGUCCAAGGAAAUAAGGGAAAAAAUGCUUCUUAUGGCCGUCAAUAGAAUCCUACAGGCUGAAAAGAUCGCCGUUCACGGAGGGGUCGCUCCUGUUAGGUCCAAAAUUCUCACCACCCUGGCAGCCACUUUCAAUCCCUACAUUAAGGAAGCUGUACUGAGAUACAUUACGGAUGAUAUGAGAACUCGGCUUGAACUUGCCCUGGGCUGGUUGUACGAGGAGUAUGCUCUUCUGCAAGGAUUCCAGAGGAGAACCACCUUAUGCACAAAACCUCAUGAAGCUCCCCAUCAGGCUUAUAAUUUCUUGCUCUGUACCCUGGUCUCUGCUAUUGAUCUAAUACAGGGAAAAGAUCGUGAUACACUGCUUUCUAGAUUGUAUCUGGAGGCUCCUUUGAUCACAGAGGAUGCCGUAGAAGCAUUGAAGAUGGUGUCCUCUGAUGAGACCAGAGGUUUGGCGCCUCUUCAAUUAUUAAAAGAAAUGGUGAUCAGGAGGCCCACUAAGCAACUAGUUUUUCUUAAUGUACUUCUCUGUCAUACUGGACAUGAGAAUUGCACGAUAAGAGAAGCGGCUAUCCAAUCAGUAGUAGAACUAUAUAACAGACCAGAGCUCAAUAAACUCAUAGAGGAAUAUGCUGUGCUUUAUUUGGGAUUCCUGAGACUUCAGAGCCCACCUGAAAUUGUAUUUGGACAGGAUCGUGGCAGACCUCAGCCUGAGGAUCUGUGGUCAGAAUCCACCACGAGAACCUGUCUAGGUCUCUACUUGGCACUCUUAACAGAACACCAGGAUCUUAUUCACGAGUUGGCCAGAGUGUAUACUUCAAUGGGUGCCGACGUUAAGAGGAUGGUUUUAAGACUUGUCGAAGGUCCGGUUCGCUCUCUGGGUAUGGGCAGUCCGCAACUGCUAGCGCUAGUUGAGAAUUGUCCAAAAGGAGCAGAAACCCUGGUUACCAGGAUCAUACACAUCCUCACCGAGAAAUCUGCUCCUAGUGCUGAACUCGUCGCUAGAGUACGAGAACUUUAUCAGACCCGAGUGUCAGACGUGAGAUUUCUUAUUCCUGUACUGAAUGGUUUAACGAAGAAGGAAGUAAUAGCUGCUUUACCAAAAUUGAUAAAGCUCAAUCCGAUAGUUGUAAAAGAGGUAUUCAAUAGACUUUUGGGUACGCAUAACAAUGACAGCGGAGUGCCACACACAUCUCCAAUUACACCAGCAGAACUUCUUAUUGCAUUGCACACUAUCGAUCCUAAUAAGGCUGAACUGAAGACAGUCAUAAAAGCCACUUCUCUUUGCUUUGCUGAAAAACAAGCCUAUACUCAAGAAAUUGUUGCUGUUGUAAUGCAACAUCUCAUGGAGCUAACUCCUCUACCAACAUUAUUAAUGCGGACUGUUAUUCAAAGUCUAGCAUUGUAUCCAAGAUUGAGUGGCUUUGUAAUGAACAUCCUCCAGCGUCUAAUACUAAAACAAGUGUGGAAGCAGCCGAAAGUUUGGGAAGGUUUUGUCAAGUGCUGUGAACGUACGCAGCCUCAAAGUUUUGCAGUGAUAUUACAACUGCCACCAACUCAAUUAUCAGAAGCAUUAAAAAUGGCACCUGGUCUCAAAGCACCUUUGUUGGCUCACGUCGAGUCUUUUGCUGAGAAUCAGAAGGCCCACAUUCCACAGUCCAUAAUGGACGUGAUACAAGGAAAGUCGUUAAUGGAAGCUCACGACGAAUUCGAUAUUGCACCACCUGGAGAUUAUCCACUUGAGCAGCAGGCAGAUUGUAUGGAAAUUGAUUUAUCGGAACCAGCACCUCCUGGUUUGGACUAACAUAAACUUAUCCCAGUGUUGGGAUUUCAAAAAAGUAAAUCAACCAAUUGAUAUCAAUGAAUUUGCACCGUGAUGAGUAAUAUGCAUUAUAUUAUAUGUGGAAAGACGAAUUAAAGUAUAAAAUGACUACUUAAUGUACAGUAGGUAAAGACAUUGCCCGAUAGAGGAUUUUCCUGGGGGUUUAAUACCAUUUUGGAAACAGGCUCGAUUCACAUUAUAUUCAUAUAAAUCUGUAUUAUCGCAGUCUCAUAUCUGAACACAGGAUGGACGUAAAAAAUAAAUAGAAUUUCUUCAGCUGA